AUGGCUUCAACCAUGACCAGCCCUUCAAGUAUCAUCGACUUUGUUAUAAACAAAGGCAAUGGAGUUAAGGGUCUUUCAGAUUUGGGUCUCAAAAGCCUUCCAAAGCAAUAUAUCCAGCCCCUUGAAGAGAGAAUUAGCACUGCGAGUUUUGGGAUCAAAAACUCCGAAGAGUCUGUUCCCAUAAUCGACAUGUCAAACUGGGACGACCCGAAAGUUGCAGAAGCUAUUUGCAGUGCAGCAGAGAAGUGGGGGUUUUUUCAACUUGUCAACCAUGGGGUGCCCAUUGAAGUGCUUGAGAAUGUGGAGGAGGCAACUCAUCGCUUCUUUGAGUUGCCAGCUGAGGAGAAGAGUAAGAAUUCGAAAGAGCAUUCGUGUUCGAACAACGUCCGGUUUGGGACGAGCUUUAGCCCUCAAGCAGAGAAGGCUUUGGAGUGGAAAGAUUACCUUAGUCUCUUCUACGUUUCUGAGGAUGAGGCCUCUGCACUUUGGCCUCCUGCCUGCAAGGAUGAAGUGCUUGAAUACAUGAAGAAUUCCGAAAUUCUCAUAAAACGGCUCCUAGAUAUGCUAAUGAAGAGACUAAAUGUGAAAGAAAUAGACCAAGAAAAAGAAGGUCUUCUAAUGGGAUCCAGGCGGAUUAAUCUCAAUUACUACCCCAUUUGCCCAAACCCUGAGCUCACAGUUGGAGUUGGCCGCCACUCCGACGUCUCAACACUCACUGUCCUCCUUCAAGACCAGAUUGGCGGGCUUUACGUGCGAGGUGGCACCGACAAGAAGAGUUGGAUUCAUGUCCCUCCGGUGAAGGGGUCGUUGGUGAUCAACAUUGGUGAUGCACUCCAAAUCAUGAGCAACGGACGAUACAAGAGCAUCGAGCAUCGAGUGGCUGCGAAUGGAAGUAAGAACAGGAUUUCAGUCCCCAUAUUUGUCAACCCGAGGCCGUCGGAUUUGAUCUCUCCACUGCCGGAAGUGCUUGCAAGUGGGGAGAAAGCAGUGUAUAAGCAAGUUCUGUAUUCUGAUUAUGUCAAGCAUUUCUUCCGCAAGGCUCAUGAUGGGAAGAGUACGAUUGAGUUUGCCAAAAUUUGA